UCCCUGGGGAGGCGGCAGGAUGGCAGAGGGCAAGGCAGGCGGUGCUGCCGGCCUCUUUGCCAAACAGGUGCAGAAGAAGUUCAGCCGGGCCCAGGAGAAGAUCUCCUUCUCUUCUGGAGAAGAUGUGAUCGCUGUCCUCACUUGAGGGGAGCAUCUGAUUCCCAUGAGAUGAUCACUCCUGCUCCAGGGUGCAGCCUCAUCAUUAUUGGUACUCCAAAAGCUGGGAAAAACUGUGGAAACCAAAGAUGAGCGAUUUGAACAAAGUGCCAGCAACUUCUACCAACAACAGGCAGAAGGCCACAAGCUAUACAAGGACCUGAAGAAUUUCCUUAGUGCCGUCAAAGUGAUGCAUGAAAGUUCGAAGAGAGUGUCUGAAACCCUGCAGGAGAUCUACAGCAGCGAGUGGGAUGGGCAUGAGGAGCUGAAGGCCAUCGUAGGGAACAAUGACCUCCUUUGGGAAGACUAUGAAGAGAAACUGGCUGACCAGGCCGUGAGGACCAUGGAAAACUAUGUGGCCCAGUUCAGUGAGGUUAAGGAAAGAAUUGCCAAACGGGGUCGGAAACUUGUGGACUAUGACAGUGCCCGACACCACCUGGAGGCGGUGCAGAAUGCUAAGAAGAAAGAUGAGGCCAAGACUGCCAAGGCGGAGGAGGAAUUCACCAAGGCCCAGACUGUGUUUGAAGAUCUGAACCAGGAACUACUGGAGGAGCUGCCUAUUCUUUAUAAUAGUCGUAUUGGCUGUUAUGUGACCAUCUUCCAAAACAUUUCCAACUUGAGGGAUGUCUUCUACAGGGAGAUGAGCAAGCUGAACCACAAUCUCUAUGAGGUGAUGAGCAAACUGGAGAAGCAGCAUUCCAACAAGGUCUUUGUGGUGAAGGGACUGUCAAGCAGCAGCAGGCGCUCUUUAGUCAUCUCCUCCCCAGUUCGAAAUUCUACUGUGACCAGUCCUCUGACUUCACCUACCAGUCCCUCUGCAGGCUGCUUGAUCAGUGAGAGCGAAUCCAUCCCAGCAGCUGAAGAAGAGCUGGCCCCUGAGGCAGCACAGGGAGAAGACAAUUUGGAGACCAAAGAAGAGCCCUCAAAAGAUGAGGAAAUGGAGGAGGAUGAGUCCGAAGCAAGCUCCUCUGAGGAGGAAGCUGAGGAGGAAGAGCCUCUUCCAGCCUGCAAUGGCCCAAACCAGGCCCAGCCACCUCACGCUGGCCAGGGUGACAAGUCCCAUCAGGAAGUUCUCCCUUGCUCUCCAGCCCCGCAAGCAGGCAAAACCCUGACCUCUUCAGAGGAGCCACCAUCUCUCCCAGAAGUCAUCCUCCGGACCCGCACUUCUAGUGAAGGUGCCGAACAGCCAAAGAAGAAAACCUCUACCCAGAGAACCUCAGCACCCCCCAGUAGGCCUCCUCCACCCAAAGCCCCUCCAAGUCCCAGGCCCUCUUCAGGGAGUAUGCCCUCCAGCCCUCCAGCCUCUGGAGGGAGCUCACCCACCAGCCCCAGGGCCCUCUUGAGCCCUGGGACUCCAAGUCCCAGGGCCUCCUUAGAGGCCUGUCCUAAUCCAGAACCCCCAGAGAAGCCUCUGAGAACUCCUGAGGCCAGAGAAAAGGAAAACGGGCACAAUCCGAACCCAGAAGAGCUUUGCCCUUCCCCCUCCUUGAGCAUCUCCCAGGUUUCUUCAGCACCUGGAGAGGUAAGGAAGAUGGAAGGCAAAGAAGAGGACAAUAAACUUAUCUCCGCUGACUCUCCUGAGGUACUAAAUGGCCAAGACCUUCAGCUUCCUAUCUCUGCAGAUCCAGGAGAAAACAAUGUCUCAGCACCUGAGCCUCAAGAAGAGGUAUCUACAAGUCAAGACACAGAACUCUGAAGAGAAACUGCCAGGACCUCCCAGUCACCCAUCUCCACACAUCUUCCUGAAGAAGCUCCUCAACCCGAGGGGAAAGGUCAAGGGGCAUAAUGUAGCAUUCACUUCCAGGUUCUCUGGCAGGCUGAAUGCUGGAAGUCUAUAAAGGCCUGCCAUUAAUGGAGGCCGAGGGAGGGAGGGUGGCAGGCUUGGGGGAGGAGAACAUUAGACUCAGGGAGUAUUUUAAUCAGGCUUAAACAUUAUUAGUAGACUAAGAAUAAAUAUUAAAGCGAGGCCGUAAUGACUAAAGAGCAAAAGUAUCUUGUACAUGCAGACACACCACACACACAGGAUAGUGGACAUCUGUGCCUUUGAUUUAUCACUCAUUUGGCAAGAUUUAAAGCCAAAAGAACAGAUUAUCAGAUUGUUCAAUAAAGUGUGAUUUUGACUAGAUGUGGACUCACUGUUUGACAUGGGUUGUUUCUGCAGCUAUCUGUUUUCCAUUUUGAUAAGGUUAUUAAUUUUACUCCAGGUUCAGAAAACUUCAGUCAUAUCCCUGACUCCAGCCUACCCUACCUCCUGGCUGCAAUUCCUUUAUGGUGCCUCUCCUCAAUCCAGAUACAUUAUUACAUAAACCAAUACUCUGGGGAAGGGGUUGUAGGUCAAAGCUGGAUCCAGUGGUUAUGAUCUAGUACUCAGUGUGAAUAAGGAUCUGGGCCCCAUAGAAGUAGAUAUGAAACUCCAAGUAAAGGGAAGGGAUACAAAGUAUAAUUGUAUAGUG